AUGAACCUUCUCUUACCGCUACUACCUACGGCUCAGCAACUGCUCUGCGUGGCGUUUACCAUCUUCAAGUGGUUCGGAUUUAUACCCUUCCCGUUCGACUGUCUGGCGUUCAAAGUUCAACCGCCCAGCUAUCGCUGGUCGGCGUUUGUGUUUCCUGUGCUACAGUUCCUGUUCUACGUAGCAUUGCACACCAUCGUCGCGACCCAUCGAAAGAUCAUGUUUUACACCGAGUAUCAAGUGCUGGACAUGAACGACAUCCUAAAGUACGGCAUUCAACUCACGGUGGUCUACCUGGUUUUGAUCAACACCAUCGUUCAGCGAGCCGUGUACCGUGCCGUUUGGACUAACCUAAGCCAACUCCGUGGCACGGUGCGGAAGCAGCUAUUUUACGGUUACAUCGCUUUUACCCUUUUCAUCGAGAUGCAACUACUCGUCGGCGUUCUUGGCAGUCCUCCCGGUGUGGCGUACUGGGCGCUGAUCCUGGUACUGCACACGUUCAUUAGACUCCGGCACCUGUUUCACGUGUUCUUCAUCGACGUGCUGAAGUUGCACCUGAACCAUCUGAAGCUCAGUCUCGUCGAGGAGACCGAGUAUGCGAAAGGUCUGCGAUCGGCUUCGAUUCGGCAACGCUCCAUCAGUCGGCUGCUGGAGCUCAAAAACGCUUACGGCCAUCUGUGGGAGUUGAACGAUAACAUCAAUCGCUCGUUCGGCUGGUCACAGAUAUGCAACUUUACUGCCAACUUUGUGCAACUCUCGUGCGAUUUCUACUGGUGCUACCUGGCUGCCCGAGGAUUCAGCUUUGAAGGCUGCAAAGAAAUCUUUCUUACGCUACUACCCACAUCCUGUCUGCUGGGGAUUUUGCUGCAUUCCGCCGAGUCCUGCCUGCGUUUGGGAAGCUCCCUGGGGACGAUUGUGCUCGAGUUUCCGACCGGCAACGAUCGAACGCUGCAGAAGAUUGUCUACCGUUUUGCGUUGCAAAUGUCUCAGCAAAGAAUUCACUUUACCGCCCAUCGGCUGUUGGACGUCAACUAUACGCUGCUCAAAAUGUUCGGUACCGGUAUCGCUACGUAUAUGACCAUUUUCAUAUCUUUCUCCAAGGACUUACCGCUGACGAGUCGCCGGCACGCCUGA